AUGAUGCUUAGCAUGAUUUAUAAGAAAAAGCUAAAUGAGUUGUUGGUAUAAGAAAUUAAGAGUAAUUUUAGUAAUAAUCAUCAAAAAAAUAUUUAUAGAAAAGUAUUCAGACAAUUCCUAAAUCUAUGUAUAAGGAUUUAUUAGAAGAGGAUGUCAAAUCUAAGGCUCCAGGAAUUUCUUAUUUAUAAAGAAUGUUCUAUAAGGAAUAAGAAUUGUAAGAAAGCAUAUGCCUUUGAAAAUGUUAUAAAUUCAAUAGAAAAUCCUGACAAAAAAAUUCAUUAUGAUUUAAAAUUUAAUAAAAGAAAGGGAUCUUGA